CAAUCAGUCCGCGAUUUCGGGAUCUGCUAUUGCUUGGACCUGUCACAACCCAACAGCAGGACCAAGGCAUGAUCAGGCCUAUCGGUCAAGACGUGCAUGCUAUCCGUCCACAGGCAAGCUGGGGACAGAUCAUCAGGCAGGCUACGAGAUCGGGGCAGAGAAUCUCGUCCGCCUUCAACGUUCAUCUCGCAUCGACCGUUGUAUAAGCUGCCCACCUUCUUUAUCCAAACUUCCGCUCAAUCGGACUUAGCGAAUCUUACCGAAGGAUGGUCUAUUCUCUUGCGACACUAUUAGCGAGAAUAUUCUGGUCUUCUGCGUCUAGCUCAUGUCGAGGACAGCGUAUAUAUGGUCAACAGAGCUUCAAACUGUUGCUGAUCAGCUUCCGGCCAAUGUCGGCCGGUCUUCAAUGGUACACGGUCUCAUCCACGCUCUGGACCUACUGGAAGAUCGACAUCAUGACGGGGCGCGAAGCGGAGCGCAACAGAACGCGGAGCAGAUAGAUGCAGACGCUGAAGUUGAGCAAGAUGAAGAUGAGUAUGAAGAUCAGGAGAGGGAAGAGAAGCCCAUAGCGGCUCCGAUACCUUCCCUCUCGGGCAGGGCCACCAUUGUCUCGCCCUAUGAGCGGUUCGCGAGUGAAACCGAGUUGAAGAGAUAUCACGAUGCUGCUUAUGUGGACUACCUGUUAGGUGACCAUUCUCCCGCUGCUGCUGCUGCCGCCGCCGAGAGUGACAGUGAUACGGGUGCAUCCUCAUCAUCCCGACCUCGAAAGCGAAUGAAGUCAGACGUUCACGGUCUGCACUACGAUUGUCCUCCCUUCCCCUCACUGAGUCGCUACGCCACGCUAGUCGCAGCUUCCACGUUGACCGCCUGCGACCUCAUCGCUAAUGACUUGACUGAUGUCGCCAUCAACUGGGACGGCGGACGACAUCACGCCAUGCGGAAUCGGGCCAGCGGAUUCUGUUACGUCGCAGACGCCGUCCUAGGUAUCUUGCAUCUGGUGAAAACUGGUCGAUCGAAGAGACGCAAAGGCAGGCCAAGAGUGAUGUAUUUGGAUCUGGACUUUCAUUACGGUGAUGGAGUCGCUCAGGCUUUUCUGUCGCCGACUGCAUACCCUGUUGUCAUUCCGGAUGGAAGGAAACCACCUCGACCACCUCAAGUCUUGACGCUGUCUGUGCAUCAUUCCGCCCCUGAUUUCUUUCCGCCAGGGAACAAACACUCGAAGUUGACGGAAGGCAACACACCUCAUCCAUUUACCCUGUCCAUUCCCUUGAAAUCGUUCCCCUCGGCAUCAACUUAUGAGCGAGUAUGGGGCAGUAUCGAGUCUGUCCGAAUGGCUUUCGAACCGGACUACGUGGUAAUUCAGCUCGGGACAGAUGGGCUUCCCGGCGACAGAAUAGGGCAAUACGGCAACUGGAGCAUCGAUCAGCCGGGCGGUAUCCGAUGUUGCAUUGACAGGGUCAAGAGCUGGAACUUACCACUUUGCGUGCUUGGCGGAGGUGGAUAUCACCACCCCAACACCGCGAGAGCUUGGGCAGUAGCAACGGCAGCGUUGAUUGAUAAGGAGCUGCCUCUGCAAAGCAGCAUUCCAGACCACGAGUAUUUUCCGGAUUAUUCCCCUUCCUUCACAUUUGAAUUAUCGCAAGCUCAUGUUCGAGAUGAGAACGACAGUCAGCACCUUGAGGCGGUCAAUCAAGUCUUCAGCACGAUUUCGGAACGCAUAGGCGAUAUUGUACGAGCACACACCCCUAAGCACGAGUGAAUGGACAAAUAUCAUGCAACGGGGCCUAUGCAAGGAAUGAAGCCUACAGAUGAUUGAAUGAUGCUCUGAAUGGUAAAGAUGUUCAGAAGCCCUCGGUCUGCUCGGAACACCAAUCCCAAACGCAUUUGACACGUUCGAGAUCGUCCAGAUCUGGUC